UUGUUUAGCCUUAUUUCUGUACUUUGUUUCCACCUCUUUCUAAUGCAAUGAAAUUACCACAGCAGCUAUCAAAAUCUAAAAAUUAUAUUUAACGGAAUGAGUCAUUAAAUAAAAGGUAGCUGCUAUUUCAGCUUGUCGUAAAGCUGUGUGCCGUAUUCCAGUUGGUGUUGUUGUGAGGAGCUGCACUAGAAGAAGGAUGUGGAUGUUUAAACUCAAUGUUUUGGCAUUUUUGUUAGUUUUUGUGGGAAAACAUAACGCAUUUGCUCUUCAGGAUGUAACGGCCGACCUUUUCGGUGCCGAAAACCAUGGAACGGUGGCCGCGUUUGGAGACUUUUUCGCGGAUAAGCAGACUGACAUCUUCAUUAUCAGAGAACAAUCUGAGCUGGUGAUAUUCUUGGCUGACUCGAAAACACCUUACUUCAAGCCCAAAGUUAACAUCACGAAGGAUAUCCUCCCAAGGGACACGGUCAUCACCAGUGUGGUUCCAGGGGACUAUGAUGGAGACUCUCAGAUGGAUGUCCUUCUCACAGUGCAGAUCCAGAAAUCCAAGAACACAACUGUUCUCAUAUUUUGGGGGAACAACCAGACAUUAGAUAUGAGUGGGUGGCUCAGGCUGAACAAGACCUUUACAGAUCAACCCCUUGUUAUGGAUUUCAACGGGGACAUGAUCCCAGACAUUUUUGGAGUCGUCAACCCCCCACUCACCGAAGUGUGCUAUCUCACCAACAGGAUUCCAGUGUGGCGGAAUGCACUAAGUUCAUCUGUCAAAAUGCGCGUACCUCACUCUAACGCUUUCAUUGACCUCAACAAGGACUUCACCGCUGAUUUGUUCCUGACAACUGAAGGGCCUAGGUUUGAGUUUUGGAUCAGCAAGGACGGGAACUUCACCAGAAGUGAAGUCAUGCCAGCAGACCCACCACCAGCCACGACUGUCGGACAGUCCUCCUUUGUCGACUUCGAUGGUGAUGGCGACCAGGACCACCUCCUCCCCGUGUGUUUGGAUGCUGCCUGUCAACACAGUGCCAUCUACCUGGCCAAGUCAGGCUCCAAAGAGUGGGUAACAGUGCUGUCAGAUUUCCAGUGGAAGGGAACAGUUUGGAGCUUUGUGCCAGGGAAACCCAGCCAACCCCUGGCCCUGCACUUCGGGGACUACAACCUGGACGGCUUCCCUGAUGCCCUGGUUGUCCUCCGCAACACUAGUGGCGGUGGUCAGCAGGCCUUUCUGUUGGAGAACGUGCCCUGUAGCAACACCAGUUGCCAGAGUGUAGGAAGGAUGUUCCACAUCCACUGGGACCAAUCAGAUCUGGGAGCCAUCCAAAAUGCCAUCAUGGCAACAUUCUUUGACAUCUAUGAGGACGGUAUAUUAGACAUGCUGGUUCUCAGCCAGGCAGAGGGCAAAAACGACUUGAUCAUCCAUGCUUUGAAGAACAAUUUUGAAGCUGAUGCCUACUUCGUUAAAGUGAUGGUGCUAAGCGGCCUCUGCUUCAAUGACUGUCCAGAAGAUGUCAAGCCUUUUGGUGUUAACCAGCCAGGUCCCUAUGUCAUGUACACCACAACAGACUCCAACGGCUACCUGAAAAACGCCUCAGCCGGUCAGUUGAGCCAGUCGGCUCACUUCUCCCUCCAGCUGCCCUACACUGUGCUGGGCCUCGGACGCAGCGCCAACUUCUUGGACCACCUUUUCGUCGGCAUCCCCCGGCAGCCUGGAGAGACGGAAAUAAGGAUGAAGGAGUGGACGGCCAUCAUUCCCAACUCUCAGCUCAUCGUCAUCCCCUUCCCACACAAUAAGCCCCGCAGUUGGAGCGCUAAGUUGUACCUGACUCCUAGCAACAGUGUGUUGCUGACGGCCAUCGCAUUGAUCGGAGUGUGCGUCUUCAUCCUCGUCAUUAUUGGCAUCCUCCACUGGCAAGAGAAGAAAGCGGACGAUCGCGAGAAGAGACAGGAAGCCCACCGUUUCCAUUUCGAUGCCAUGUGAAAGAAGAAAGCUGCAUGAUGGGAGAACACCCUCUCCUGUCCUCCUCCGCCUAAGCCUCGCCCUCCUUCCCACUUCACACACACAUUUUCACUCAGUCUCAUUUCAAGGGCCAAUAAAUGGAUCCUCAUUUGCCCCAAAACGUUUCUUUUUGAUAUUUUCUUCAGUCCCUCAGACAGAUGUGAAAUAUUUAUGUUCCAUUUCAUUUAUUCAUUCGUGUGUUAGAAGUACAGGAGCUGCAACAAGGCCAUGGAGACACAGAAAUCCUAAUGGAGAUCACGAUGUCUUUAGAGCAGGGAUUUCUUUGGACCGGCAGCAUGAUCAUCAGUGGUGUUAUUAGAGUAUUAUUUUGACCAAAUUAUACAGAUUUCUGUUCAUACACCCAACAAGUUACUCCAAAAUUGCAAGCUGUUUAUUCACUGGAAGGGAAGCACUUUUGGUACCGAGUGUUAAAAUAUGUAAUGUUACUUGAAAUCCAUGUGUGUGUUACUUUCCAUUGUCUUUGUCUUCUUGUUUUGCCUAUGUUGUUUUCAUUUAACUGAGAUAUGGUAAAUAAAUUCUUCAGAUUUUAUUAUCCGUGAAAUUAAACUGAAUUGUAUUCUGUGAUAUCAAUCUCAGCCUUGCAAGUGCAGCAGCAACUGGUGCAAAGUGAACAAAACGGACACAUGCAACAUCAUGAUUCUGUGAAACAUUUUUCAGCUACCAAUCUCACCAAAAAUGAUGAAUUGCCUUCGGGUUGGCCUACUGCGAAUUCAUCUUUUCUCAGUUGAUCGUAUCACAGUGCAUCGUGUGAGUGCCAAAAAAGGUUUUCUGUGUUGCAUCCUGCAAAUUUCUAAUGCUACUGCAUCAAGGCUCAGCACACAGUCUAAAAGACUUUUGAGUUUUGAAAUUUUGACCUGCUGAAUUAGGCACAGUUUACUCCAGCUUGUUUCCAGAUGUAGUUGUAAUUUUCUUUUUGGAGUUAAUCAGGCCAAACGUUUUAGUGUGUUCAGAUAUUUAUUUCACCUUUCCAAGUGGUUUGCACUUUUAACUAAUGAUUAACUGCAGGUGUAUGUAAUUUAUUUUGUUUUGCAGAUUUGAUUUGUAAAUGAAUGUUCAGGCUACUAAAUGUGUUUACUUACUGAGGUUGAGAAUAAAGGUUUCUCCUGCUUAAAUCAA